GUGUGAUAGGUAAAUUAGAGGGUUUUUUUAAGGCUGUGGCCCUUCUAUUAUUUUAAAUUUAUUUUAAUUAUUAUUUUCCCUUUUAUUUAUAGACUACAGCACGAAGAAAAAUGUAAUAUGUAUAGUUGUGCAGCCCGUCUCGUCAAAACAGUGAUCGUGUCCCUGAAACGCCCGUGUAUAUGCAGUUCUAUUUUCUUUUUCCCACCCACCUUCCCUUUUCCCUCUCACCCUCCCUCCAGUCCCGGCCUCAUUGCAGUCUUAAAAGUCUCUUCCUUUCGUAUGAAAACCACUUUUCCCCACUUUAUAGUAAUGGUGUCAUAAAAUAAUUAUCUUCAUGAGUUGACUAACUUGCUGAGCAUAAUUCCCUCCAGUUUGUCCAUGUCACGAGAUGUGUUUGCCAAGCUCCUCCUUGUGUGUCAGGUCAGGUGCAGGCCUUUUAACAAAACCACUGCCGUUGGAAGACUGCUCCAUGCGAGGUGUUGAGUAUAGAGUAUAAAUUGAGGGGAAAUGCAUAAUUUAUGUAUUUAUGCCGAGGAUAUUAUUAAAAUCUCAAAAGCUGCCCAACAAGCUAAGGGACUCCACUUACUGAAUGCUGAUUUAAAAUGCAGACACAUCAUCCUUUCCUCCCAUUCCAUGUUCUAUUGUCAGAAUCCUAGUUCUAGAACGUAAAUAAAUGAUCUGUUACGCCUUUUGACAGGUUUAGUUAAUGUCUGAAAUGCACCAUUUAAAAAUGUACAUGGGUUUCCAGUUAAUGUUAACCGAACUAAGAAGUCUAUUUUCCUAAAAGGGUGCUUUAACUUAUUUUCAUAAAAUAUACCAGUAUUUGGUGUAUUUUGGGACCUUCCAGUCAAAUUUAAUAGAUUCAGUGCCAUUGGAUUAGAAAUUUCUAACUAUUCAAAACAUUUAUAAGUGUAAACUACUGACCUACUAUGUAAUACUUGGUUUAACAGAAUUCCAAGUCCUAUGAAUUUAUCUUCAUAUUUCAUCUAUAUUUAACUAGCCACGCAGAGAUAUUAGGCUUUCCCAAAGGUAAUACCUUCAUUUGACUCUUGAGAUUGUCUACCUAGCUUGUGACCCAAGAGAGUAGGUGAGAAACUUCGCUUGGUGCUGGGGGCCUCAGCAAUGCGCGCUAAGAUUUUUGUGAGUGUUAAAGGUCACACAGCACUGUCAUUUUACAUAUCCCCUGAAGGUCAGUGGUCUUAAAUCGCUAACAUUUGAACCUCAUAGCAGAAGUUGUUGUUGAAAAUAUUUCUGGUUUUUAUUGAAACGCAGGUUGAUUAUAUCCAUUGUCCUAUCAGAGUAAAUGAAAGGUGCUACUGGGGGGAUUUAAAUCUCCCGUGUUAUUACUUUAUUUCCUUUAAAACACAGCAAAGACAUGGAAUUAGGAAGACAUCUCUUAACCAGUAGAGAAAGAAUGGGUACUUCCUAGAACGUCCGGGGUUCUUUUGGCAAAGCAACAAAUGCUAGAGUAUGACUGAGUAAAGAUAAUGUAGUGCUGACAUUGGUCAGAGCAUUUCCUUGCAUGCUACGAUGUGCUAACAAGGGUUAAAAUUUUGGUUCCUGGGGAAUAUAUUGACAUGGAUUGCCUUUGUCAUUUUCUCUUGUUCCCCUCAUUCCUAGAUCUACGGAAUCCGGAGUCAGCACUGUCCCCAACCUUUCGUAGUGACAGCCCAGUGCCUACUAUAGCUACCUCUGGUGGCCCUAAGCCCAGCACAGUUUCAGCUGUUCCUGAACUAGCUACAGAUCCUGAGUUAGAGACGAAGUUGUUACACCACCUCUCUGAUCUGACCCUAACAUUACCCACUGAUGCUGUGUCCAUCUGUCUUGCCAUCUCCACGCCAGAUGCCCCUGCCACUCAAGCUGGGGUGGAAAGCCUUCUCCAGAAGUUUGCCGCUCAGGAGUUGAUUGAGGUAAAGCGGGGCCUCCUACAAGAUGACGCGCACCCUACUCUUGUGACCUACGCUGACCACUCCAAGCUCUCUGCCAUGAUGGUUGCUGUGGCAGAGAAGAAGGGUUCCGGGGAGGUAGCAGGAACCAUUUCAGGACAGAAGCGGCGUGCAGAGCAGGACUCGACCGCUGUAGCUGCUUUUGCCAGCUCAUUGGCUUCUGGUCUGGCCUCUUCAGCAUCAGAACCAGCCAAGGAGCCGGCCAAGAAAUCAAGAAAACAUGCAGCCUCUGAUGUUGAUCUGGAGAUAGAAAGCCUUCUGAACCAACAGUCAACUAAGGAACAACAGAGCAAAAAGGUCAGCCAGGAGAUCCUAGAACUGUUAAAUACUACUACAGCCAAGGAACAAUCUAUUGUUGAAAAGUUCCGCUCUCGAGGUCGGGCCCAAGUGCAAGAGUUCUGCGACUACGGCACCAAGGAGGAAUGCAUGAAAGCCAGUGACGCCGACCGGCCGUGCCGCAAGCUGCACUUCAGACGGAUCAUCAAUAAACACACGGAUGAGUCCUUAGGUGACUGCUCUUUCCUGAACACGUGUUUCCACAUGGACACCUGCAAGUAUGUUCACUAUGAAAUUGAUGCCUGCAUGGACUCUGAGGCCCCUGGCAGCAGAGACCAUCCACCGAGCCAGGAGCUUGCUCUUACACAGAGUGUUGGAGGCGACGCCAGUGUAGAUCGGCUCUUCCCGCCUCAGUGGAUCUGUUGUGACAUCCGCUACCUGGACGUCAGCAUCCUGGGCAAGUUCGCUGUUGUCAUGGCUGACCCCCCCUGGGAUAUUCACAUGGAGCUCCCCUAUGGAACCCUGACGGACGAUGAGAUGCGCAGGCUCAACAUUCCAGUACUGCAGGAUGAUGGCUUUCUCUUCCUCUGGGUCACAGGCAGGGCUAUGGAGCUAGGCAGAGAAUGUUUGAACCUCUGGGGUUAUGAACGGGUAGAUGAAAUUAUCUGGGUGAAGACAAACCAACUGCAGCGCAUCAUUCGGACUGGCCGUACAGGUCACUGGCUGAACCACGGGAAGGAACAUUGCUUGGUUGGUGUCAAAGGAAAUCCCCAAGGCUUCAACCAGGGUCUGGACUGUGAUGUGAUUGUGGCUGAGGUUCGUUCUACCAGUCAUAAGCCAGAUGAAAUCUAUGGCAUGAUUGAGAGACUAUCCCCCGGUACUCGCAAGAUUGAGUUAUUUGGACGACCACACAAUGUGCAACCCAACUGGAUCACCCUUGGGAACCAACUAGAUGGAAUCCAUUUGCUAGACCCAGAUGUAGUUGCCCGGUUCAAGCAACGAUAUCCAGAUGGCAUCAUUUCUAAGCCUAAGAAUUUAUAGAAGCACUUCCACAGCCAUGGCUUUACAGGCUACAUCUGGAAUGUAAUAUUACUGUACUAUAGCGCUUUUUCCUUAUUUAAAUAAAAGUUGAUAAUGUAGUCGGGA